UCCCCCACCUUUGCAAAUUCCUAUGAUAUCAUCCACUUAUAUAUCAACGACUUAUGAACCAUAUCCCCACAAUUAAUUAACCUUCCCAGCUAGCUAGCUCUAUCUCAUAUGGAAAACUACCAACUUCUCUUCCCAAGUUCAUCAUCGGGGAACAUGCUGAAUUCUUAUAUUGAUUAUCGCGAAAGCCAUGGUAAUGGGUUUAUCGGGUUGAUGCAAAGCAUGGGAGUCAUUGAUUCCGAUCAUACCCAUAUGUUGACUAGUGAUAGUUCGAAGAGAAACAAUAUGGAUAUUGAUGACGAAGAUGAUGACUACGAAGAAGAGGAGAAAUCUGUGGGGAAGACGGUGAUUAAGAAGGAGGAGAAGAAGAAAAAGAAUAAGACAACUAAGGAACCUAGGUAUGCAUUUGAGACAAGGAGCCAAGUUGACAUCCUAGAUGAUGGAUAUCGAUGGAGGAAAUAUGGUCAAAAGGCCGUCAAGAACAACAAAUUUCCAAGGAGCUAUUAUAGGUGCACCCAACAAGGUUGCAAUGUGAAGAAACAAGUACAACGGUUAUCAAGAGAUGAAGGAAUAGUUGUCACAACUUAUGAAGGAAUACAUUCUCAUCCACUUGACAAAUCCACCGACAAUUUUGAGAACAUCUUGACACAAUUGCAAAUCUAUUCCACUUCCCAUUAGUUUUAUUUUCCAUUGUUACCUAGUUAUAUAUGUUUGUCCCUAAUAAUCUAGAUCAAAUUAAGUUUAUACAC